UCUGCGACUUUGCAAACCUACAACGGGCAAUUCUCUCGCAGUUUUGUCCCUCGAGCGUGCGACGGCACCACUUUGAGGGCACAGGCAUUACGACAUGUUUCCAAAUUUCGACCAUUCUAGACUGAUGCUAGACUGAUGUCUAUCAACGGGGCGCGUCGAGGGGCGCGCCCGGCAUCCCAAGGAUCGAGGCCGGACUUUGAUUCUGCCCCCCUUGAGCCACUAAAGGAGCUUUCAUCGUGCAUAAACAAUAACGCCCACCGAUUCUCGCGACUUUCGUCACCUUCCUGCUCUGGUCAUCACAUUUGACAGUUGUUGGUUGGGUUUGUUGGCGAAUCUCCUCUGCUUGACCAGAUACACGACUCAGGUCAGACCAGGGACGCUUCAUGUUUGAAUAAAAAAUGGCUUCGACGACGACAUCGACGAGCAGCAACGAUCCGCAUACGGACACGGCAAUCAUCGCCAUCAAUGUUGUUCUUGCGGUGAUAGCCACCAUCACCUGUAUUGGACGAUUCUGGGCACGAAAGCUCACUGGUUUGGGAUGGGGUCUCGACGACUGGCUGGCGUUGGUCAGUCUGAUCAUUAACCAUGCCUUUUGUGCCACGACUAUCGAGGCAACAGUCCACGGCGGCUUGGGACGAAGCAUCGUUGAUGUGAUGGCUGAAGACCCAAAUCAGCUGAUCACGUUCUUGAAGUGCGUUGUCGUCGCCGAGUUCUGCUACGGCUUUUCCUCGCCAUUGAUCAAGUUGUCCCUGCUGGCCUUCUACUGGCGCGUUUUCCCCACGCCGUUCAUGCAAAAGGGCAUCUACACGCUCUCGGCGGCAUGCCUGGGUUGGCUCAUCGCCAUCUUGAUCACGAACUGCUUGCAGUGCCGCCCACUCGCAUACACGUGGGAACAGACGACGAACCCCGGCGCGGGUACCUGCAUCGACCUAAUUCUCUACUUUGUUGGCAACUCGAUCGCCAACAGUCUAAUCGACAUCCUCACGCUUGUGCUUCCGAUCCGCGAGACCAUGAAGCUGCAGGUCAGCUCGAGCAAGAGAGUCGGCAUCUGCUGCGUUUUCGCGCUAGGCAGUCUUGUGGUGGUUGCUAGUCUGGUGCGGUUCGGCUCGUUAGCCUCCCUCUACUCAAUAGGCGUAACAGACAUGACACAACAAUACGCUCUCAUGUGGACCGCCACCGUCGUGGAGAUCUACAUUGCCAUCAUCGGCGCUUGCGCCGUCACCCUCGUUCCAGUUUACCGCAGGAUCCGUUACGGCACGCCGUGGUCAACCCGGGACCAGAAGUCUAACCAGGUCUCGGGCGGGCCUGCAACCUUCGGAGGCACCGGUGGUAACUCGCGCCCCGGCGUCUCUCACAACUUCAAGCGCUCCGCGAACCACGAGCGUCUGACUACCGGUAACGAUUCCGAAGAGUAUCUGCACCACGGUAGCAACAUGAAGUACUCAGUCUCUGGAGCUACCAGGACUAGCGACAAGCGUGACGUUCUCGGUGAGGACUUGCCCAUGGAUACCAUCGUCGUCCAGAGAGAUGUCACGUGGGAAGAAGAGCGAAAGGAGAGGCAGCAUGUUUAGGUGUUAUUAGAUACCAUGUAAUUUGUUGUAUUUUUACUGAUGAUAGCCUUUUCUUUGUAUCUAUGAACGCUGAACACGAUACCGGUGGAGUAAAUUGGAACUCUGAAGAUACCUUAGUUUCUUAGAUUGCCAUAGAACUCGCCUCUAGAAUAAUCAUUUUCGACCCAUCUCGAAUAGCUUCAAGUUUGCUCCCAUAUCAAUAAGCGAUGUGUCUCGCACAUUGUCUUGCUCCGCCUGCCUUCAAUCAUGUGGUGGGACUACAUUCACCACUGUCCACAAGCAGAAUAACAUUUUGACUGUGUCAGAUUGGGCAUCUUUUUCCCAUUCGAGCAUGAACAUGUGGAGAAAGUUUCAAACCCAUGGCCUGAGUCACGUCCGUGCUCUCAAGAGAGUUUUGU